GGGGACCGAACCCGCAACACGUCACGGACAGUGGGUUUCCUGUGGUUACCUCAACCACUCGGCUAUUCGGCUGACCCUCUGAUCAGGUGACCAGAUACUUUUCUAUUUUACCUAUAGAAAUCCUACGGCUACUGCAAGUACAACCUGCUCUCUAAAGCUCUAAUUACGUCCACUGUGCCUACAACGUGCAAGUAUACGUCGCAGAAGUCUCAAUUUCAAAUUUCUUGUUAUACGUGACGGGUACAGUUAUGUAUAACAAUUAAAAUACUUCGCUUUUAUAAUAAGUAGGUAUCUAUCGCAUACAAUAACGUACCUUGGAUUGGUGUCACUGUCUUACAUUGUGCAGUGAAAGUCAUAUCAAUAUUACUAUCAGCGAUGUACCAAACUUGUAGGAAAUUGUCUUGCUUUGUUCAUGGCCUCCGAUAUCGUUACAGUUAUCGAGAUAAAAUCCGAUUUUUUUGAUAUCCGACACAAAGCCUGUUCCACCUUUUUGACUGGCACUAACUGACAUUUCCUUGACAGUGACAUUGUUUUGUUUAUCAGGCUCAGAAAAAAAUGGUACGUAGGUAAACGGAGGUCGUUCCUCUUGUACGGCACCGUGCGAAAUUGCGACUGACGGAACAAUGGCGAUUGAAGGGAAGCAUCUUAAGUUCGACCCCAACACGGAGGCGUUCCAAAUGCGAGCUCAGUUGAAGAAAAUGGAAAACUGCAGGAAGCAGUGGUUUGAACGAUGGAGUUGGCUGCUUGAGGAGAGCCAAGAAGCGUUGGAUAAGGCAAAUGCUAUUCGUCGCGAAGCAGCCGCAAAUCUGCCUCAAGUAGCCGUCAAGGCUGAAGACACGAAGAGUCUGAAACCAGUGCCGAUCACGUCCACUGGAGUCAUAGGAUGGCUCGCAAGCAGGCCUGACUGUCAACUAGAAAUAUAUUCAUCGUGGAUGUAUAAACCACCAAUCCGGUUGCCUGACACCUGGGAUCACCCGGACUACAUGGGCAAGCAGUAACUAAAAUUUUAACCAUUAUGGUAAAGUUUUGUUUUAAUUCCAUCUGUCAUAAAUGAUCGCCAUGGAAAUAUUGUAAUUUAAAUAUUUCUUAGAAUACAAAUUUCAAAAACAACUUUACGUUAUUACUUCUCACACAUUUGUGUUAUUUUAUGUAGAGCAUGGUGCACUUUAAUUGUAAGACAAUUAAAAUAAACAACUCUUUCAAUUAAAUUCUCGGAUUAAAUCAA